GAUUUUUAGUACCGAUUUCAUCGAUGCCACGCAAUUUUUGGUCCCGGGAAAUUCACCCGGUAACUAUAAUGAGCAUUUUAUUUUCUUAGACCCGUGUCCCGUGUCCCCCGUAAUUGUCCAGUGACCUACCUGGUAGGUAUCUUUCCCCAUUACUAGAAGUUUACUCCCUAGACAGGUCACGGCAACAAUUAUUUCCAACGCAAAACUAGUACAAAAUUUUUUUUUUCGAAUAAUAUAACUCUAAAACAGACCUCUGCAUUACGUCAUAAAGCGAUAAGAUAAAGCGACGCGACGGUUCACAGAGGACUCCUGGAGUCCGCGCCACAGAUGACCGUUUUUUGACAGAGAGCUCCUGGAGUCCGUUCAACAGUCGAGGGGGUAGUUCGCAAAACUGUAUUUUGCUUCCACAAUGUCAAGUUUAAACGCAACGACUGCCUAGAAUUUCGAGAGGUUCAUUUCCCUCGACUUUUCUUGAAUCCUAACAAAAGGUCCUGAAUUGAUGAUAACAGGACUACACAUUACAUUAUCAUUGAUGUGACUCUUCGUUUAUAAAUUAUUCUCCGUAAUAUAAUCGAUUCGUGAGUUUUCUUCAAUAUACAUUAUCGAUUCUGUCUUUGUUUCUUUCUAACAUCUAGCAAUCAGUGCUGCAGUGUUUCUAAACGUUCCAAAGCCCUUUACGUCAAAAUAACGCUCAAGUACAAACAAAACUCUGUCAAGUCGCUGGAACGCUCACUCGCUAAACAGUAUUUCGUUUCUCAUGAUUGGUUGCGCGCUAUAAGGAUUUCUUUCAGUUUUGUGUUUAUUUUUGUUUUUAGAAGCUUGACGGUUUUUAUUGUUCAGUGGUAAUAUUAAGUAGUGUUGAAAAUGUGGGACAAAAUCAUUUACAUGAUAGUGAUAAUCGUAGUAACGUACAUCUUGAAACAAUUAUUUUCUGAAACACCGAAUUUCGUGAAAUUUAAAUCAAAAUUCCUCGUCUUUUAUAUCUGGACUUCUGUAACCGCGGUGAUAUUAUUGCCGUUUUUUGUGUUCAAUCCGAAAAAUGUGAAGAAUUCCCUAUUUGGAUCUCAAAUAGUAAAACAUGUAACCAAAGUAAUAGAAGUGAAGUGGCUAUUGAGAAAUGGAAAAGUAUUAGCUGAAGACCGCGGAGCUGUGGUAGUGUCUAACCACCAAUCAUCCAUUGACAUUCUAGGAAUGUUCAACAUUUGGCAUGUAGCAGACAAAGUAGCUGCUAUAGCGAGGAAAGAAAUAUUUUAUGUGUGGCCGUUUGGUCUGGCUGCGUACCUAGCAGGAGUUGUGUUUAUUGACAGAAAUAACUCCAAGGAUGCUUACAAGCAGCUGAAAAUUACGUCAGAAGUCAUGAUUAAAAAUAAGACGAAGAUUUGGCUGUUCCCUGAGGGAACAAGAAACAAAGAUUUCACGAAACUACUGCCAUUUAAGAAGGGUGCAUUCAACAUCGCGGUUGCUGCCCAAGUGCCAAUCAUACCUGUUGUGUUCUCACCCUAUUAUUUCAUAAAUAGAAAGAAAUACAUUUUUAAUAAAGGGCACGCAGUGAUUCAGUGCUUAGAGCCGGUCCCAACAGUGGGAUUGACCAUGGAGGAUGUUCCAGCAUUAAUAAACAAAGUACGCAACACUAUGGAUGCGGCAUACAAGGAACUAUCAAAAGAAGUGCUGAGCGCCUUGCCACCGAACUACCCUCUCGCCACGGAUUGAGUGCCACAUACGCAUAGCUGGUACGGCUAUAAAUAAAUUUAUAAUCACUAUACUAUUAAGCUUUUAGGUCGGCAAAAUAAUGCUGGUUCUUGAAAUGUUUGUACUAUAUACCUAUAGCGAGCAUUCCAAUCGCAAGAAAUAUGAAUAUUUCUGUGAUUUUAUAUUAGGAAUUUAUAUCAUGUCUUACUAAUCUAUAAUAUUUAAGGCACACUUUUGUGUUAUUGCAAUCGUCUAACGGACCACCACAUUGUCUGGUGAAGUGAAUUUUAUUAGAUUUGUAUUUUUUAGGAAUCUAGUAAAAACGUGAAUGACAAAGGCGAAGUCACUCAAUUGAUAGCUGCACAUUAUAGUCAGUAUUUUAUUUAUGUAAACUUGUACGAAGUAUUAUUUUUAUAAAAUUUAUAUUUGUUCUAUUUUUUCUUAUCUAUAUAGGCUGUGGCCAACGCUUGAAAAGCGUUGGUCAGGCCAGAGCAUGUCAUAAUACGCCUUUACAGUAAGGACGACUCGAGGCUAGGAAUGUUCGUGGAAAUUUGUAUCAAAUAGAAUACCGUAGAACGUUAAGGAACAAUCUAAAAACAUUAAUUAGCAACCAUCAGAUGAUUGAGUUGCGACAGGCGGCACGUCGUGGCAAUCAUUUGUACUUUGUUGACCUUUUUUUUGUAUUCAAAUCACACUUGCAGUGUAGCUGUUUGUUUCUGCAUCGAUGCAGUGUGGAAUUUUAAUCACUCGUUAAGCAACGUCGCACAUACAACUUGACUGAAGCUAUUACCAUUUCAGUAUUUGAACGAUGUUCUACUGAUGGACUACUUUUUUUUUUUUGUUUAGUUAUUAGCUAUACUUACCGAAGUAGUGCUGUGUUGAGAAAUUCUUGUUUAUAGAAAUUCGUCCUAAAUAUUAAAGCGCACAAUAUGUACUUUAUUGAAUUUCAUUGUACGGAUAUAAACAAGUAAGACAGAAGAUACUAAGAUAAAACAGACUUCAAUAAACAAUUAAAAGGGUUCCGAGGUUAUGGUACCCUACAAACUUAGAUACGAGAUUAUAGUGAAUAAUAUAACAUUUAAUGCUGGUGCAAUAAGAUUUCGUCGUCUUAAAUCCAUUCCAAUAUCAGGGCGCAUAACGCCACAAAAGAUCAUUUAAAAAAUCUUUACAGUAUUCAGUGAACGCUUUGAGUCUACAAUACGCACUAUAUCAGUUGGUGAGCUAUAAAUAAGUUGUGUAAUACGUAAUCACUUAAGCGUUCAGCCAGCUGUAUUUACAGAGUAUCAAUAAACCACGAAGUUAUCUAACAAGCCGUCGUGAAUAAGAUCGAUACUUUCCUCGCACUAUUUUACUAAAAAAUAGAACCCUUCUUCGCAUUCGGGUAAAAAAAGGCCUCCACUCACUGGGUAGUAACAUUCCAUAAAGAUCGCCGUCACAACAAACGACGGCAUGUCGAGUUUGAUUGAUUACUAUUUAAUACCAUUUGUCUAAGUAAUUACCUAGUGUACAUACACGUCAAAGGGUGUACAUAACUAUGUUAUAAUGCUACACUAUAGCGGUAAGACUACCUAAGCUUUGGCUUGAAUAUGUAGUUCGAGCGUUUUGUACAACACAUAUUCUAACUGUGGAUUCAAAUGACUGAUCUAUUGUGACUGAAAUUUGACAUAAUUUGUAGGAAACUAAUGUCAAAAUUCAAUCUCUAAUCGAGGAUAUAUCGGGUAUUGAAAUCUGCAGUAAACCUAUAUGCAUGCGCCUACAAGCAAUGCACUCGGAUGACUCAGGAACAUUCGACUGUAGGUGCUUGAAAUUCCACUUACGGUCUAGUGAGUGAAGGCCUUUUAUCAAUGUAAACAAUAUGCAUAACUUAAUAGUAUUUAAAAUCCAGUAUUAUUUUAUCUUAAUUUUCGUAACGCUUUAUAGCGUAUAUAUAUAUUUAUGCGCUUUUGUUGAACGUAAUUGCAUCGCCACUCGAUAUUUAGUUUAGGUAUAUUAUUAUAGAAAAUGUUCCUUGUAGCAGGAUAACCUUAAUUUUACUUUCUAGUCAUGUAAACGACUAACUUUUGAAUCGUAUGAUGUGCUUUGCAUUGCCCAGUGAUAUCGUAAUCACUAAGUUACUACACAUAUAGGUAAUCAAUUACUUGUUUUCGUUUUAACGCUUAUAUAAAUUCUGUAUACGUUUUAAGAAUCGUAUUUUAAAUAGGAUCGUGAGAAAAUUCACGAAAAACAAACUUUAUAGGAAAACUUUCGCGCCUAUGUGGUAAUUUACAUCAUUAUGUAACCAAAUGCGGCGGCUAAUUUAUAAAAUUUGCAAUUCUUAUUGUUUUCUGCUCGUAAAAGUAAACAAGUUAAAAACCCAUCAACGUCCAUCGUUACGCCUCGUUAAUCGAUCCUUUGAGAUUUUUCCAAAAGUGAAUUUGAAUAUCGGAAGUUACCUAAUUUUGUUGAGAAACUUUUAACGAUAUUUGUUAUACGUGUAUAUAGGUGGUUUAUAGGUGUAUUUUGUAUCUACAAAGUUUGGAAAAGUAUGUGUAUUGUAAUAUAUCUAACAGUGCCAUUUGAAAUUCGACGAUUACCCAUCUUUUAUAAAUGUUAUUUAAAGAUUAUAAGGAGCACAUUAAUACCCAUUAUAGAACAUUACGAACACCAGACUCAUGAGGCAUAUAUCUUUAGUUCGUUAACAACGGGAUUACCAAAUAUUACAAAACUAACGAAUUUUGUCUUAUCAUCUGCAGUAUAAAAGAUACCAAUAAAUCCUUUGUAUCAAUUUUUAGAUAACAUUAAUUUAUAAUUCUAAUACUAAAUAUUUCAUCAUAAUAUUUUUAUAAUAAUUUUUAAGUAAGUAGUUUUCAAUUUUACAAUCUGUGAAUUAGAACUAUUGUAAAUGUGUAACUAAAAAGAGAUUAACUAAAUCAAUUGGUUACGAAGAAAUUUAUCCACCAAAGAUAUAAUUUUUUCUUGCAUUGAUAAAAUUAGAUUACUUUUUUGCUAAUAAGCUUUGCUAAAAACUACCAAAGAAAUUUUCCUUAUCUUAACAAACAUUUGAGCAAACAUUUAUUUAAAUUCUGUAGAAAUCAAUCGUCAUUAUACAUAAGCACCUAUAUCGUAAAAAUAAGUUUAUCAAAAUUCUUUACUAUAUAUAAGGUGCUUUAAUAUUACCUGCCAAGUGCCAGGACUUGAAUGGGGGGCAGUAUUGCGUUUAUAGAUUACAAUAGUGAAGAAAUUUCGUUCCCCGGAACAGUCAAUUCAAUUUGAGACAAUAAACAAGUUAAAUUAACAUUGGCUCUACUCUGCAUAACGUGGUUCACAAAUUACGCGCGUAGUGUCGCUUCGUCAAUGAAAACAACUGCUAUCUCUUUCCAUCUGUUCUGCAAGUGUGGCAAUGCGCAACUGUACUGGAUGGUUUUAAACUAAUAAAUUAAGUCAAAUUUAUAUGUAUUUUUUUUGUAAAAAAAAAGACAAAUAAUCAAUUAUUUAUCUUUACUAUUGUAAACUAUAAACGCAAUACUACCCUCCAUUCAAGUCCUGGCAGGUAAUAUUAAAGCACCUUAUAUAUAAACCAUUUCAACACACGGCUAAAUGAACUUCUGCUCAAUCAAUGCUGUACUCUGCUUUAGCUCAAUAUUAUAAAUACGAUAUUAUCUGAAUAAAUUCUGUGUAAAUGUUACCUAUAAGUAUAUUGUCUUGUAGUGCUGUAUAGUCAUAACAUUUAUCUACUUCAUACAUGUAAAUUAUUCGGAGUUGACACUUACAGUUAUAGUGCAUGUACCUAAGCUUUUCUUCUGUUUUAAAUGUCGUCAUAAUUUACUUGCAUAUAAUUAAUGAUUCAAUGUAAAUAAAUGCUUUUAUCAUGCCAUUCGAUAUUAAUAAUGUAGCCAUACUACCGAUUAUUGUGUAUUUAAGUUAGAAUAUUUUACGCAAUAUUAUGACGCUUUUCGAAUACUUAACAUGUAGUAUUAAUAAUGAUUGUAUAUCUAUGUCAUGUUUCUACAUAUUUUACAAACUUUUACUUCUAGUAAUAGGCUUUGAUAAAUUGUAUCCAAUAAUAACUCGGUCAAAGCUACUGUCGAUAUUUUAGUUAUAACUUGCCAAAUUAGUUUGUGGCAUUCUCACAAUAUGAUCAAUUUAUUGAAGAAUUCUAUAUUCAUUGGAUUAGCUAUCAUUUUGCCAUGUCCUACUUUAUAAAUUCAACAUCGUGAACUGUCUAGUCUAUGGUAUUAGCGAAAUAAUAAAUACUAACUAUUCAUAAUACCGCUUUGGUCGGUAAUUACCUUUUCUAGCUGUUUUUCAUAUUUUGACAAACUAUUUUUGAACUUAAAUGAUAGGGACAAAGAAGUUUAACAGCUAAAAGAGGUUAAGUACCCUCAAUCUUUGAUUUAUUUUGUAGCUUUUAAUUUAUUCCAGUCAUUUGUGUUAUUCCACAGUUUAUAGCACGAUGCUUCACUUCUUAACCAUGUAUGGCAAGCGUCAAAAAAUAUAAGUGGCUACACUUUUUCUAAGCUAUCUGAAGCUUCUAAAGGGUUUUUAGAAUAACAUAUCAUACAAAUACCCGGAUUCCAUACUUAACUAGGGACCUACUAAAAAUUUGAACCUACAUUUUAAUCGACAGCAAAUAAAAAUGUUGUUCCUAAAAAUUCACGAAACUAUUAAAUCUUUUAAAAAUAAUUAUAAUUUGUCAUAAAUAUUAAGAUCAUUUAUCAAAUUGGUAUCUAAUUGUAUAUCAGUGUACUCGUAUAUGUGCAAAUAUUGUGAUGAUGUAUCUAAAAUACUAUUAGUAAUUAAAUGUAUUCGUGUGACAAUUCAGUAGAAAAAAAAAACGACGAUGAAAUGUAUAUUUUUACAUAUUAUUUUCGUAUGUGAAAUCUUUUAAUAAAAAGAAAUCACAGGGUAAA